UGUGCUCAAAAACAUUCAAAUUCAAAUUAUAUAUGAUGUCAUGUAUGUAUACAGUGUUUUUGUAUCAUUAGUAGAAUAAUUUUCAAGCGCAAUUAAAAUGCAAGGUAUAAUCAAAUACUGCACUCUCCGUUUCCAUGGAAACGUAAACACGCGGAAGUAUCGGCCGUGAUUUGAUCCUUCGGUCAUAUGACCUGACUUACAAUGGGCCCGCAGUAAGACAGAUAGUGUAUACAGGUCUAAAUAAGUUAUUUAUGUUUAUCCUUGAGCAAAAUGGACUUGAACAAUCUUAGACGCGCGUCAUCUGCUGGCUACCGACUACCGGAACGAACGAAAGGGAGCAGGCCGAUAACAAAGCAGGAAUCCGCGGCAAAAAGUCUGAAGAGGGCUCGAGAUACGACGUCCUCCUCGACGCGGGAUGCAGACGCGAGUGAUCCAGUCAAGCAAGACCAAGCGUGGAGAGAAAUGGUGUGGAGUGAAAGGAGAGCAGUGCUGGAAUGGGACAAGAACUGGAGUUUCUUGCGGAAUUACGACCAGUUGGGAGAACUGAAGACAGAAGAACCUUUACCUGACAAUUCAUCACUCUUCUCGGAUUGUGCCCCCAACACAACUAAUCAAAUAUUUGGAAGCCGAUUGUCGACGCCACUGGGACAUGAACUGAUUAGACUAGACCGACUUUUAUCCAGGUCUGCAAGCCAUCACAAAUGCAAACAGGAUCCGGAGAUGAUGUCAUGCUAGAUAAGUCACUUCAUAUUCACUCCUUUUGACGCAUGAGUAGACCAAGAUGUGAUAUUACACUCUUUGCAUGGUGCUCAGUUGCGUUUUGCUAGCUUAUCAACUUGCCAAAACUGCAUAAGAAGCAUGCAUUGUUUUGCAAGUAAUGCAUAUCUUGUAUUCACCCAAAGACCAUUUUAUAACAAGACAAAUAUUAGUCAAACUGAUGUCUUUAAUGCCAUGCAUCUACUCCUGAAUGUAAUUGUUUUUCUCGGUUUGACAUGUCUUUGGAAUCCAAGAGUUUCAAAUUAUGAAACUCGUGUUUCAGACUCUCGUGUUUGUUUUAUGUCAUUGCAUUAUAUUUGUCCAAUAUCGUACCUUCGGAAAACAUAUCUUCCUCUCUUGAAUUGAAUUAAUAAGUGUACGGAAGUACAGUGUAGCGUUUGACAGUGACGGAAACAGCUUGCCUAAAGGAGGCGAGAGGAAUCCUCUUUCAAAAUAAAAGCAUUCAUUG